UUCUCCUCUUAGACUUAACAAGUUUCUUUUCGUAAUUGAACAGAUGUCACUUUCUCCGUGAACUUGACAUUAAAAGCUGAAUGUAAUUGGACUCAUUGCAAACGAAAGUGGAGAAUGUUCAUUCUGAAAUUCUAGAUAAUGCAACAUUCUUGAAUCAUCUUUUUCUAAAAUUUGAAUUAAAUGCUGAAGUAUCUUCCUAUCAGAAUAUAUAAAUCGAUUUUUUACUCCACUUCGACAGCUAGCAGCCAUUCGUUUAUUGUACAACUAAUCCGUGACAAUUUCUAUCAGUAUAUAAGUGUUUGUAUCUCUGCAAUGUGCGUCAGUGCCAUCAGAAAAAUUGCAUAUUCCAUGUUGACAAGACCUAGAAAUUAAAACAAGAAUUGCCGAUUGUUUUAUUUUUAAAUUUUUUUAGUGAUAUUAAGCAUCAUGUCCCACCUUGAUGCUAUUGUAAUUAGUGAAGGAACUGAGAAAAAUAAAAACACUGGACCGAAGAAUACCUUUUUUAGGAUCUUAAGGAGAGUUCAAAUAGGAGUUUUAAUCAUCGGAACUUUACUCUUCUUGGCUUGGUGCUGUAGCUAUCUCAUUCAUGAACCUCAAACUGAAAGUCAUUCAUAUGCAACUGCUGAACAAUUGAUAGCGCUAGAAGACUGCUGUGGUUCAGGUGAUAAAGCUGAACACAAGGAAAAUACCGACAGUGGAAUGUUGCCCGAUAGUGUUGUUCCCCAUCAUUAUAAUCUGACAUUACAACUCUUUAUGUUUCCAAAGUACAAUUUCACCACUAAAGGAAAUGUGCAGAUUUUGAUUGAAUGCAUAAAAGAAACAAAGUUUGUCGUCCUUCAUGCUCGUGACUUAACAGUGGAAUCAGCUACUGUCAUUCCUACAGAUGAAACCAUUGAAAACAAUUCGUCAUACAGCACCAAUGUUUCUGCAGAUACAGAGAGGCAACAAAUUUUAAUUCAGCUAGACGAAACAUUAAAGCCUCGGUCAAAAUAUAUUUUGGAAAUUCCGUUUGAAGGCAUCGUAAAUAAUAUAUCUGUUGGAUUAUAUCGAAGUAGUUAUUUAUCUGAGAGCGGAAAUACAAGUUGGAUUGCUUCAACUCAGUUUGAGCCCAGUGAUGCUAGACGGGUUUUUCCGUGUUUUGACGAGCCAGCUCUGAAAGCUACCAUCCAGUUCAAUCUCAUUUGCCAGCAAGGUACAAUUGCUUUAUCCAACAUGCCUCCAAGCAGUAGAGAACCGAUAGAUGAAGAGUGGGAAAUUGUAACAUUCAUGGAGACCCCACGCAUGUCUACAUAUACGUUUUCAUUCGUUGUUGGGGAUAUAGAGUCUUAUGCAAACAAGACGGAAAAAGGUAUACAAAUCUGGAGUAGAAAUGACAUGGCUCAGUAUGGCGAACUUGCUCAUAAUAUUACUCCAGUUAUUCUGAAAUAUUUAGAAGAAUACAUUGAAGUACCUUUCACGAUGCCUAAAUUAGAUCUUGCGGCUGUUCCUAUAUUUUUGCAUGCUGCAAUGGAAAACUGGGGUCUUAUUAUAUUUGAAGAAUCUGCAUUGUUGUACGAUCCAGAAAAAUCAUCAACAGAGAAUAAAGUAUUUGUUACUUUAGUGAUUGGACACGAGCUAGCUCAUCAAUGGUUUGGUAACCUCGUGACAGCAUCGUGGUGGGAUAAUAUCUGGUUGAAUGAAGGCUUUGCUACUUAUUAUGAAUAUAUCGCUGUCGAUCAGUUGCAACCUCACUGGAAUAUUAUGCACGUUUUCAUUGCUACAAUUUAUGAAGUUAUGGAAACCGACAGCAUGUCAUCAACUCGAGCCAUGGGAUCACCUGUCCACCCUGAUGAAGUGCUUGCAUCUUUCGAUGAGAUUUCUUAUCUUAAGGGUGGAGCUAUUGUAAGAAUGCUGCAGCAUUUUAUUGGGGUAGAAAGCUUUAGGAUAGGAUUAAAGAAUUACUUAUGGAGAUAUUCCCACAAAAGUGCCACAGAAUUCGAUUUAUGGCAAAAUUUAAAUUUGUGGAACAGAAACAGACAUGGAAUAAAGCAGGUCAUGAUCACGUGGACCCAGCAAUCUGGUUAUCCAGUGGUAAGGUUUGAGCGGGAUUAUGAAAACAGAACCGUAUUACUUUCACAGAGACCUUUCACAAUUUAUUUAGACGAUAUAGAAGAAACUACAGAAACAGAGGAUGAAAGAGUUUGGUCUAUACCCGUGACAUUUACUCAUGGCUCAGAACUGGAUUGGUCCACUAAGACAGAUUUUUGGUUGACUAAUAAAUCAGAUAUAAUAAAAGGUCUUCCUGAUGAAAAUACCUGGUUUAUUGCGAACGUGCAGCAAGUAGGAUACUACAGAGUUAAUUAUGACUCAAAUAACUGGAAUUUAAUUCUGGAACAACUUUUGACAAAUCAUACGGUUAUAAAUGUCAUAAACAGAGCUCAAAUUUUAAGUGACAUCCUUAACUUAGCGAGAUCUGAUGAAGCCGAAUAUGCCUUAGCUUUGAACAUGACCAAAUAUCUUUUCCUCGAAGAGGAGUACCUCCCAUGGCAGUCAGCUUUUACGGCUUUCAAGUAUCUUGACAUUAUGUUAGCCAAGACCCCAGGGCAUGACGAAUUUAAGGAAUACAUACUUGCAAUUAUGACUCCUCUGUACGAAACCAUAGGGUGGUCUUCAGAAGUGGAUAAAGAAGAUAUUACGGCAAUGUUUCUGAGAAAAAAUAUAUUGAAGUGGAGUUGCAGUUAUGACCAUCCUGGUUGUGUUAAAAAAGCUCUGGCCAUGUUCCAGAAAUGGAAGCAAGAGUCACCCGAGAAUCAAACCUUAUCCGCUGACGAUCGAGAGAUAGUAUUAUGCACUGGGAUAGCUCGAGGACCUACAGAGGAUUGGGAAUUGAUGUGGAAACGAUAUUUAGGAACAAAUUUCAAGGCAGAAAAGAACACUUUAUUGAAGUCUUUGGCUUGUACUAGAGAAACCAGACUGCUUAGAAGGUUGCUGAAACGAGCCAUGGAUUCGAAUUCCGGAAUACCUCAACAGGAUGGAAGCGAUGUCUUCGUAUAUGUAGCAGAAAAUUUCUAUGGACGAGAUAUAGUUUAUGAUUUCUUCAAGCGACACAUGGAAGAAAUUUCGUUCAAAUUUGGUUCUUUUGCAUUUGCUGCUGGAAACAUAGUCGAUCGUGUCACAGCCUCCUUGAAUACCGAGAAUGAAAUAGAAGAACUUCAGAGUAUCCUGAAAGGAAGGACAACGUCAGUCAAGGAAAUACACAAAAGCUUGAAGUUAGCACUGCAUCGAUCAAAAACCAACGUUAAGUGGAUGAAGAACAAUUAUGAUAAUGUGUACAGCUGGUUACGAGAAAACAAAGCAUUGUGAUUCACGCGCUUGUGUAUUAAUGAGUAAAUGAAAAAGAUAUCGAUAAAAAGGUGAACUUAAUUACUAGAUGCCUGGGUGAACAGAAAAAAUUCUUCAAGAAAUUUUGGUUUACUUUGCUCAAUGUUGAUUUUUUUUGUUUUAUUUUUGUUUUAAUUUAAGAUAAACGUGUAAAUUAUUAUUUUUGCGUAAAUUGUUUGUCUUCUGGGAAUUUUUCAGUGAAAGAUAUGCAAUUGCAUGAUAAAGAAUA